GAUCCGCCCCUCUCGCUCUCUCUCUUUACCCCUCCUUGAAUUCGAUGGACAUGAGCAUGACCCACCACCAGUACCACCUCCCGGACUUUACUCAGCUCCUCACCGGACCCAUCUCCGGCGUGCAAAAUCACUUUUCGGGCGCACCGCCGGACGUUGUGCUGCUUUCUUCUCAGCCCCAGGCUCAGAGCCUCACAACUGGUUCUGGGUUUGUGUUUGGAGAGGAGCGUGGUGGGUCUUCUCAACCAAGAUGGCCUCGCCAAGAGACGUUAACUCUCCUCGAGAUCAGGUCUCGCUUGGAUCAUAAGUUCAGAGAAGCCUCUCAGAAAGCUCCCUUGUGGGAUGAGGUCUCUAGGAUAAUGGCUGAAGAAUAUGGGUAUCAAAGGAGUGGGAAGAAGUGCAGAGAGAAGCUUGAGAAUUUGUACAAGUAUUACAAGAAGACCAAAGAAGGAAAGGCAGGAAAGCAGGAAGGAAAGCAUUAUAGAUUUUUCAGACAGUUAGAGGCUCUCUAUGGAGAAAAGAAGCGUUCCAUCAAGUCUGCAGCAGUUCAAGCCCCACCAACAAUACCUGCUGAUCAGAGUUUCAACUUUUCCAGUUCAACAGAAUACAGAACUUCAUCCACUGACGGAGACUUUGAAGAAACCAUAGCAAAUUUGAGUGAGAAGAAAGAGAGAAAAAAGCAUAAGAGAUCAGGCAGGAAGAGUUGGAGGUUGAAGUUGAAAGAGUGUUUGGAGCAACAAGUGAGGAGACUGAUGGAGCUUCAAGAAGCAUGGCUUCAGAAAAUGAUGAGAACUUUGGAGCAGAUGGAGCAAGAGAGGAAUUUAAGAGAAGAGAUGUGGAGGAAACAAGAAGCUGCAAGAUUAGACCGAGAACAAAGGGAUUGGGCAAGCGAACGUGCAUGGAUGGAAGCUCGUGAUGCUGCACUGAUUACUGCACUGGAGAACAUCGGACGUAGAGAAUCCAAGUGAUGAAGAUUGUGAAAACUGGGUGAAUUCUAGCUAUACUGCAAGAGUCCAUAAUUUUGUUAAGGGUCCAAAGAGAUGAACUUUUGUCAAUGGUUUUGUGAUCAUUUUUCUUUCUGUUCUUUUGCUUAUUUGAUGUGUGUAGUUAGUUUGUUCCACUUAUUAGCUCAUUAAUUAAGCAUAUCUCCAUAACAAAUGA